GAAUUUUUUUCCACCCAGAGAAAGAAAAGAGAAAAGCUUUCAGACUGGAGAAGAAGAAGAAGAAGAAGAAGAAGGAAACAGAUCAACUCUCAUCAUAACGAGAAAGAGAGAUACUUUCCCGAUUUCCAUUUCUCUAUGUGUGGGGUUUCCCGCCAAACCAAACGAGCUCCGACAGCUGCAGCAGCAACGAAGAACCGGGCUCCGUAGCCAUGGCCGCUCGUCGGAGAACUUCCUCGAGGUUUCCGUUCAAAUCCGCGGUCUUCGCGGCCGUCAUUUCAAUCUUCCUCUUCCGGUAUUUCGCUCCAUUUCGCCGGAAGGAAACCCUAACCCUAGUUUCCGAGGGCGGGAAGAACGAGACCGGGCGGAACAACAACAACUACAUAGUGCGAUUCAGGGAGUACAAGAAGGCGGAGGACCACCGGCGGUACUUGGAAUCGGAGCUUGGAUUGGGGGGAGGGUGGGAAUGGAUCGAGAGGAGGAAUCCGGCGAUGAAGUUCGCGACGGACUUUGGGCUGGUGGCUGUGGAGGGAAGUGUGGCGGAGAGAGUGGUGGGGGAGAUUGGGAAGUUGGAAAUGGUCAAGGAUGUGAAUGUGGAUGUCAGCUAUAAGAGGGAAUUGCUUGGCGUUUCCGGCAGCGGCGGUGGAGGUGGCGGUGGUUCGUUUUCCGAUGGGAAGAAACGGCCUGGGAAGAUAUUCACUUCUAUGUCAUUCAGUGAAGACGAGGAGCGGCAUCAUGCGGUGGCCGAAACCAGUAAUUCUUCUAUUCAUUGGGGAAGGGAGCUGCUAGCACAGAAGUCACAGGUGACUUCUUUAUUUGGAGCUGACGUUCUUUGGUCUAAAGGGUAUACCGGUGCUAAGGUGAAGAUGGCUAUUUUUGACACUGGAAUUCGAUUUGAUCACCCACAUUUCCGUAACAUCAAGGAACGUACUAACUGGACAAGUGAGGAUACUUUAAAUGACAACCUGGGACACGGGACAUUUGUUGCGGGUGUUAUCGCUGGCCAAGAUGAAGAAUGUCUUGGUUUUGCCCCUGAUGCUGAGAUUUAUGCAUUCCGGGUAUUCACAGAUGCUCAGGUAUCUUACACAUCAUGGUUCCUUGACGCAUUUAACUAUGCUAUUGCAACAAAAAUGGAUGUACUGAACUUGAGCAUCGGUGGCCCUGAUUUCCUGGACCUCCCAUUCGUUGAAAAGAUAUGGGAGAUAACAGCCAAUAACAUAAUUAUGGUCUCCGCUAUUGGAAAUGAUGGGCCUCUUUAUGGCACUUUAAACAAUCCAGCAGACCAAAGUGAUGUAAUUGGCGUUGGUGGAAUAGAUUACAAUGAUCAUAUUGCCCCAUUUUCAUCACGUGGCAUGAGCACUUGGGAGAUUCCUCAUGGAUAUGGCCGUGUGAAGCCAGAUGUCGUUGCAUAUGGGAAAGAUAUCAUGGGAUCAAAGAUAAGUUCAGGGUGUAAAAGCUUAUCAGGGACUAGUGUGGCAAGCCCUGUGGUUGCUGGUGUAGUCUGCCUACUUGUUAGUGUGAUUCCUGAGAGUGACCGUAAGGCCAUUCUAAAUCCUGCAAGCAUGAAACAAGCACUGGUUGAAGGAGCUGCCAAGCUUUCUGGUCCCAAUCUGUAUGAGCAGGGUGCAGGAAGAGUAAAUCUCUUCUUUCUCAGGUUGGAGUCCUAUGAAAUCUUGAAGAUUUAUCAACCUCGGGCGACCAUCUUCCCUGGUAUUCUUGAUUUUUCAGAUUGCCCUUACUCUUGGCCAUUCUGCCGCCAACCCUUAUACGCCGGGGCAAUGCCAAUUAUGUUCAAUGCCACGAUUCUAAAUGGCAUGGGCGUUAUUGGUUAUGUUGAAAGUCCCCCCAUAUGGAAUCCCUCAGAUGAAGAUGGAAAUCUGUUAAACAUUCACUUCACCUAUUCAGAAAUCAUCUGGCCAUGGACAGGCUACAUAGCACUUCACAUGCAAAUCAAAGAAGAAGGUGCCCAAUUUUCUGGUGAAAUCGAGGGUAAUGUAACUCUCACUAUCUACAGUCCUCCAUCUCCUGGUGAGAAGACGAAAAGAAGAAGCACGUGUGUGCUUCACCUGAAACUGCAGGUGGUCCCCACUCCACCUAGGUCGAAGCGGAUUUUGUGGGACCAAUUUCACAACAUCAAAUACCCUCCAGGAUAUAUUCCGAGAGACUCUUUAGAUGUUCGGAAUGACAUUCUUGAUUGGCAUGGAGAUCAUCUACACACAAAUUUUCACAUCAUGUUUAACAUGUUAAGAGAUGCUGGAUACUAUGUUGAGACGCUUGGUUCUCCUUUCACAUGCUUUGAUGCUCGCCAUUAUGGAACACUUCUACUUGUGGAUCUCGAAGAUGAGUACUUUGCAGAGGAGAUUGAGAAGUUGAGGGACGAUGUUAUUAACAGUGGUUUAGGAUUAGCUGUGUUUGCUGAAUGGUAUAAUGUGGAUACGAUGGUGAAGAUGAGAUUCUUUGACGAUAACACACGAAGCUGGUGGACACCUGUUACGGGAGGAGCGAAUGUUCCUGGAUUGAAUGAUCUCUUGGCUCCGUUUGGGAUUGCUUUUGGGGAUAAGAUUUUGAACGGAGAUUUCUCCAUUGAUGGAGAGCAAAGUCGGUAUGCAUCAGGAACUGAUAUUGUGAGGUUUCCAUCAGGUGGUUACGUGCAUGGUUUCCCUUUACUGGAUAGCUCAGAGAGUGGUGCAACUCAGAAUGUGCUGUCGAAUUCAGGAUCAGGGAAGGCGGAUUCUCCAAUUCUAGGCCUUGUGGAGGCAGGCGAAGGGCGAAUUGCAGUCUACGGAGACUCCAACUGUUUGGACAGUAGCCACAUGGUCACCAACUGUUACUGGCUUCUCAAAAAACUACUAGAUUUCACCAGCUCUAGUGCUCGAGAUCCGUUGCUCUUCUCCCAAUCUGCAAAACAAGACAUGGCCAUCUACGUGGAUGACAACCAGCUACCUUCGCGUAGAACAGAUGUAAACUUCUCUUCCUACUCUGCAGUGCUGGGCCAGGAUCUGAUAUGCAGGAGGGACUCCAGAUUCGAAGUGUGGGGUACCAAAGGUUACAACCUGCACGUCAGAGGAAGAAACCGGAGACUUCCAGGCUACCCUAUCAUAGAUCUGGGGAGAGGUCUGAAUUCUACUACGCCCAACCCUUUCAAGGUCGAGCAUUCAAAAGUUACAGAAAGAAGAAACAAGGGAGAUACACAAGGGAAUCAUCUCCUAGGCAUUCUCAAUGGCGAUGAGCUUGAUAUGCCCGUUCUGGUAGGGAGCCAUUGGCUUGUCCCUGCAGCAAUAGCCAUUACAGGUGUGUUGUUGUUUUUGAGCAUAUGGAGGAUUCGGCAGAGGCGGAGGAGGAGGAAGAGAGGAUCUGGGUCUGGUCGUUUAGGAAAUCUGUAGAGCACACAACCCAUUUUCUUUUUUCUUCUUCGUUCUCGGGUUCGGUCUACCUGUUUCUCCAUUACUACUGAUUGUGUAACACAGGAAAAUGAAUGAUGAAGCAUUUUUGGUGUUGUAGAAGAGAGGAAAGGAAGGUAGGCUUCUCUAUCAUCAUUCUAUAUAGACUUCACUGUACAUUUCUCUUUGGCUUGACUACAUACAAUGCUCUGUGUAAGACUGAGCUUUCUGGAGAGUAAAUGAGAAAUGUUCUUCAUCCAUGGAAUUGAUUACAAAGCAUUGAGCCAAAAUUUUCCGUUAUUAUGAAAUUUUGA